GCAGACCCCAUCCAUCCAUGGAGCAUCACCCGAAUCGACGUGUCGAAUCCACAUUUACCGCCGCACAAGCUCGCACCAAUGACUUCGCUCGCUUUCCCCUGCCGCGCGUCACCACUGACGCCCGCCUCCAUUUCCCCUCCCGUCCCGUCGCCGUGUAUAAAGAUCCGCCGCUCGCGACGAGCUGCUCCCCAUCGCCGCCUCAUCGCCGCCAGGAGUUCGAGCUCCCCCCGAACCGUCGCCAUGGCCGCCGCCGCUGCCGCUGCCGCACCGGUCAUCUCCCCGAAAGAAAAUCUGCCCCCUUCGCUGACCUCCACCUCCGAGCCCCCUCCACUCUUCGACGGCACCACCAGGUUGUAUGUUGCAUAUCACUGCCCGUAUGCGCAGCGCGCUUGGAUUGCCAGGAACUACAAGGGUUUGCAAGACAAGAUCAAGAUAAUCGGGAUCGAUCUCGCAGACAGGCCGGCUUGGUACAAGGAGAAGGUUUACCCACAGAACAAGGUGCCUUCACUGGAGCAUAACAACGAGGUGAAAGGAGAAAGCUUGGAUUUGGUCAAGUACAUUGACAGCAAUUUCGAUGGCCCAGCAUUGCUCCCUGAUGAUUCUGCAAAGAAGCAGUUUGCCGAGGAGCUGCUUGUGUACACCGACGAGUCCAAUAAAGCACUAUACUCAUCCAUAACCUCCAAGGGAGAUGUGGCAGAGGAAACUGUUGCUGCGCUGGAUAAAAUAGAAGCGGCCCUGGGAAAGUUCAGUGAUGGACCUUUCUUCCUUGGCCAGUUCAGUUUGGUGGACAUUGCAUAUGUGCCAUUUAUCGAAAGGUUUCAGAUAUUCUUUUCUGGUAUCAAAAACUAUGAUAUCACCAAGGACAGACCUAACAUUCAGAAAUUCAUCGAGAUAGUCUCAUGCAAAUCAAUUUCCUUCGCAAUUCUUUGCUGUCGAGAAGGCAACUUAAUCGAUAUGUUACAGGAAGUGAACAAGAUCGAUGCGUACACGCAAACGAAACUGGACCCACAAUUUCUGCUUGAACACACAAAGAAGCGGCUUGGGAUUGAGUGAAGAUGUGACCAAGGAUGACCAAGAGGCCAGGGAACUACUGCAGCAUGGAAGAUGAAGAUGAAGACACUCAGGAGUGUGCUUGCUUGCUAGUACUAUAUACUAUACUUUGAAUAAAAAGAUGCAUGCUACUAAGGCCCUGCCUUUUGAGAAUAAAUUAAGUGGUUGUUUUGUGAUUAUAGUCUUUUUAGGCGUUCUGUGAUUGUGGUUUGACAGUGUACAAUAUUGUGAGUAUGUACGUGCAAUUAAUAUACUGCCUAAUAUCAA